AUGACUGAGAACCAGUAUUUCCAGGUGGUCAAAAGAGGCCUGAUCUCUUCUGCAUCUUCUGACUAUGAGGUGCAAGAGCUCCUGGGGAGUGGCACCUUUGGAGAGGUCACUCAGUGCUGGAAGUUAGCCACCAACGAAAUCGUGGCUGUAAAAAUCAUGAAAUCCCUGGCGUUCAUUCAAGAGGCAAAGGAAGAGGAGGAAAUCCUAAAAAUGAUGAAAGAGCUCAACUCUGAAAAAUUCAACAUCGUCAGAUGGAACGACUCUUUCACCUUCCAAGGACGUUUUUGUCUUGAGUUCGAGAAGCUCGACAUCAGUCUCUUUGACUUCCUAAAGAGGAGCCAGUCUCAGUCUCUUCAGCUGGCAGAGAUCCGCCCCAUAAUACAACAGUUGGCUACAGCUCUGAACUUUCUGAAGAGCGCAGGGAUUGUCCAUGCAGAUCUAAAGCCAGAUAACAUUAUGAUGGUGGAUCACUUACGGCAGCCAUUGACUGUGAAAGUCAUCGACUUUGGCUUGGCCUGUAACAAUCCUGAAGCAUGGACAGGUAGCACUCUUCAGACCUUGUGGUACAGGGCUCUAGAGAUCCUGCUGGGGCGUCCCUUCAACAACGCCAUUGAUGUAUGGUCUCUAGGCUGCAUUGCAGCCGAAAUGUUGAUGGGCAUUGUGCUGUUCCCUGGCUGUGACGAAUAUGAUAUGUCACCAUGCGAAGCAGGGAAAUUCUUUUGUCACAAGCGCACGGUCAGCAGCCUGUACGGCAUCCUGUACAGGAUGCCUCAUCAACUGUCAAGAAAAGAUGCCAGUGCAGAUGGGGCGUGCUUUGUGGACCUGCUGUCUCAAAUGCUGAAGAUGGAUGCCUCUGAAAGAAUCACACCAAGCCAGAUUCUUCAGCAUCCAUUCGUGACAAUGUGCCACCUUGUUGACAACAGCUCCUAUGCAAAAAAGAGCAAGGAACUGAUGAGCAACUGUGAGUCUGGGACCUUUGAUGAUGGCGAGGACGGGGUUUGCUCAACCUCAAAAACAAUUGGGGUGACCUCCAUUAGCACUGCCAACCUGGCCCACCACAGAGGUCCAGAAGAGGGUCACCCUGCUGGGCUGAGCGGCAGGGAGCAGCCCUUCCUCCAGAGCUCCAUCAUCAGAGAGAAGAAGAGAAAAAGGGAUGCCAUUGACGAGUCAGAAUGCGACAACAGAAGCCCAGACACUAUCCUGGCUAAGAAAAGGAAGAGUGAAUGCCUGGAUGCAGCGAGGACAGAGGCAGGUCUGGAAAAGAGCCCACUAAAGUCUCCGCUGCACAAAAGACAGAGGGAUGAUGCUGAUUGUACAACCUCAGACGGCAGCUCCCCGGCAAAGAAGAGGAGGAUGGUAAACCUCAAUGAAGAGCUGGCAGACAGCACCAAAAAAUUGCUCUGCAACACAGAAGCCUGGUCUGGCUUGACCCAGGUCCAUCACCUCAGGAAGAGAAAUAGGGCCGAUGAGGAGGCUUCAGGCUCUAGACAAGAACAAACCUCCCCAGUCAAGAGGAGGAGGGGACGUCUGGACGGAGGAGAGGGGUGA